CAAAAAAGGCUUAGUUGUCAACAAAAACCCAAUGUCCAUCUUUCUUCUCUUCAUCAGCUUCGUCGUCUUCUCCGUUGUUAACCUCCCGUCGUGCUUCUCCGCCGAUCAACAGUAUGAAGAGUGUAGCUUACCUCUGAUAUGUGGAUCUGGACAGCAGGUGUUCGAGUCAAGCACCACGUACCCGUUCUGGGGAUCCGAUAAACCCAAAUUCUGCGGCCAAUCAUCCUUCCAACUCUCCUGCGAGAAUAAUCAAACCCUAUCCCUAGAUAUCGGGGAUCUCAAUCUUCGCGUAAGAUCUGUGAAUCUUGAGGAUCAAGUAAUUACCGUUGUUGAUGAGAGCUGGUUAGAUGGGAACUGCCCACAGAUUUGGAACUUCACUGGAGAGAAGGAGUUUACAGUAAACCUUUCCACCGAUAAGAUUGAUUUGUUUGAUUGCCACGAAAACAUAACCUCGCUAUCAAAUAUUUCUUGCCAAACAAGCAGCGACAGUCGGAUAACAUACCACGUCUUUGGACCAGCGUAUGAUCAAUUCCAUAAUUGUACAAAGGUUGGAGAAAUUCCGAUGCUUCGGUCGGCUAAGAAUUAUCUUCAUCAGUCAAAUGACUCGAACCGAGCAUUGAAGCUGGCUUUGGAUCAAGGGUUCGAUUUGAAGUACAACAUAGAGGAUCAAGUUUGCCAGACGUGUACCACUUCUAAUGGGAUUUGUGGUUCGGAGUCGGGGUCGGAAAAUUUCCAAUGUCUGUGUGAAGACAAGCCUCACAAAUCCUCCUGUCACGAUAACCAAGGUCGAAACAUCAAGGCAAAAGCAGGCAUUGGGGCUGCGUCUGCAUUGGUGGGAGUCAUUCUUAUAGUUGCUGGUUUGUUCUGUGUAAUCAGCUGCCAAAGGAAGACAUCAGAUGAUGUGAGAAAACAGAACCUAACGGCCCUUAUUCCACUCAAACACUAUAGCUAUGCGCAAGUACAGAGAAUUACAAAGUCAUUUGCCGAGGUGGUUGGGAAAGGCGGAUUUGGAACUGUCUACAAAGGAACUCUUUCUGACGGUCGUUCUGUUGCGGUGAAGAUCUUGAAAGACUCAAAGGGUAAUGGGGAAGACUUCAUCAAUGAAGUUGCAAGCAUGAGCAAAACUUCUCAUGUCAACAUUGUUACCCUCCUAGGGUUCUGCUCCGAAGGUUCCAAGAGAGCAAUUCUCUAUGAAUUUGUAGAAAAUGGAUCACUCGAUAGGUUCAUCGCGAGAAAGACCUCAAUGGGCAUAGACUGGAUGGCACUAUACAGUAUCGCUCUAGGAAUUGCUCGUGGGCUGGAGUACUUACACCAUGGCUGCAAAACGAGGAUUGUGCAUUUCGACAUUAAACCACAAAAUAUUCUCUUAGAUGACAAUUUUUGUCCUAAAGUUUCAGACUUUGGCCUCGCCAAGCUCUGCGAGAAGAAAGAAAGCACCAUGUCACUAGCAAACACAAGAGGAACAAUAGGUUACAUUGCACCUGAAUUGUUUUCAAGAAUGUAUGGUCGAGUCUCCCACAAAUCGGAUGUGUACAGCUACGGAAUGUUACUCCUCGAAAUGAUAGGAGCAAGGAACAGAGAAAGAGCUGAACAGAGCUCUGCUUCAAACACAAGCUCUAUGUACUUUCCUGAAUGGAUAUACAAGGAUCUUGAGAAAUCAAACACUAGAAGGCUUACUGAGGAUGGAAACAGUACCGAAGAAGAAGAGGUGGUAAAGAAGAUGAUGCUUGUGGGUUUAUGGUGUAUUCAACCUUCCCCAUCCGAUCGCCCGGCGAUGAACAGAGUUAUAGAGAUGAUGGAAGGAAACCUUGAUGCUCUUGAAGUCCCUCCUAGGCCUUUUUUUCAAAUUCCCGCUGCGCCACUUCAAGAAUCUUCUUCGCUCUCAGAGGAUAUUUCAAUUUACACAGAAGUAUGUUCCACAAAUGUCUAAUAUAGAAGAAACCUUUUUGGAACCUAUUAAAGCAUGCAUGAAAGCAGCAAAAUAUAUUUAUUCAAGAAAUGUUACAUAUUGUUUAUAUUCCAGAUUGUGUCACCAGUCAUCAAGUAAACUGUCAACGCUAAGGCUUAUUUCA